AUGCGUCUCAACAGCUGGUUUGACCCUUCGUGGAGGAAACGUAUGCUACUCACCCUGAAGAGCAACAAGUAUAAAUCCAACAUGGUCCACAUGCUGCUGGGAAUCUCGCUGCAGAUCUGCCUGACCAAGAACAGCACUCUGGAGCCCGCCCUCACCCUCUACAUCAACCCGUUCGGAGGCAGCCACUCAGAAAGCUGGUACAUCCCUGUUAACGAGAACGGAUUUCCUGAUUGGCAGGCGACAAAACUGGACCUACCUUUUGAGUGCUUCAAUUGGACUUUGACUCUGGGAAACAAGUGGAAGACGUUUUUCGAAACCAUCCACAUUUACCUACGGAGCCGGAUUAAAACUCAAAACGCGCAAGGAAACGAUAGCGCGUACUACGAGCCCGUGGAAGUCACGGAGCCCACGAGGAAUUUGGGUUACAUGAAAAUCAACAGCAUACAGGUUUUCGGCUACAGCAUGAACUUCGAUCCGGAGGCGAUUCGAGAUUUGAUUUUGCAGCUUGAUUAUCCGUACACGCAAGGGUCCCAAGACACCGCCAUGCUUCAGCUUUUGGAGUUACGAGAUCGGAUAAACCGCUUAUCGCCGCCCGGGCAGCAGCGGUUGGACUUGUUCGCGUGUCUUCUGCGGCACAGACUUAAACUAACUCCGAGUGACGUGGUCCGCAUCGAGACCUCCUUGCAGGCUUUCGGCUCGCGUAUGCCAAAUUCGAUGGAUUACGAAACUACAAAAUUGUGUAGUUAA